CGCAGCCCUCGCCGGGUAGAGGAAACGGUGUAAGGAAAGAAUCUUCUGCUGCUGCUCCUGGCUCAGGUUCCUGUAAUAAUGUUUACCUGUGAUAUUUGUGGAGAAAUAGUAGCCUCUGAACAAGACAUGAAGACUCAUCUUCUUUUGACUCAUAUGGAAAAUGAAGUUGUCUGUCCAUUUUGUAAAUUAUCUGGUGUGAAUUAUGAUGAAAUGUGUUUCCAUAUUGAAGCAGCUCAUUUUGAACAAAAUGAAAAUGAAAGUGUCAUGGAAAAAGUUAACCAAGUACAUUGUCGAACUCCUGAUAGAAAAACUGAAAAAGAAAACUCUCAUCAUUAUAGAAUGGAAGUUAGUGAAGAUGUUUAUUCUGCUUGUGCAUCAAAUGAUCUGAAAUUUACAGAUCACAAUCACUCUAAGGAUGCUUCUUUAAAGCGUAAAACCUUUCAUUCAGAGAAUUUGACUGAACUGAGAGAGUUACAAGAAAAUAGACUGAAUCUUUAUGACUUAACUGAAAUAAAUGAAUCACUGUCCAGUAUUCCAGAAUGCCCAUUCUGUGGAAAAAUAGAACCAUGUAAUGAAGAUUUGGAAACACAUGUGAAAACAAAGCAUGCCAAUCUUUUAGACACUCCAGCAGAAGGACGAAAUCAGCCAUUCUAUGAAUGCCCAAUAUGUGGUCUUAUCUGCACAAAUUAUCAGAUCCUACAUGAACAUAUUGAUUUACAUUUAGAAGAAAGCCAUUUUGAAGCUACCAAAAUAAUCUUCCUAAAACAUGACUUUGACCAUGUUCCUCACAUUUCUCAAGAACCAUUGAUAACCCUGUUAUCUUUAAAGGCCUUCCCAGGCAGUACCAUGAAACAAUAUGGUUUAGAUGGUUCUGGAGGCUAUAAACAGCAGCAACUGAGAAAUAUGGAAAUUGAAGUACGUAGGGGAAGGAUGCAGCCGAUUGAGUUUCAUAAAAGAAAAGCUGACAUGCUGGAAUCAUUAGCUUUUGGCAUAGAUGAUGGCAAAACAAGGACUUCUGGAAUAAUUGAAUCCCUCCAUAGGCAUUAUCAGAAUGAAGCCAGAGAAGUGAGGCGAGUGUGGCUUUCCACAGGAGUGGAUCAUUUUUAUUCAUCUUUAGGAGACAAAGGCUGGGGUUGUGGCUACAGAAAUUUCCAAAUGUUACUUUCAUCUCUAUUAAGAAAUGAUUCUUACAAGGACUGCUUGAAAGAUAUAUCAAUUCCCUGUAUUCCAAAAAUUCAGUCCAUGAUUGAAGAUGCAUGGAAAGAAGGGUUCGAUCCUCAGGGUGCUUCUCAACUCAACAACAGGUUACAAGGAACAAAAGCCUGGAUUGGAGCAUGUGAAAUAUAUUCAUUAUUAACUUCUCUUAGGCUAAAGUGUCGAAUUGUUGAUUUUCACAAGCCCACUGGCCCUUUGGGCACACACCCUCGAUUAUUUGAAUGGAUAUUGAAUUACUAUUCUUCGGGCAGAGAAGGAGGUCCAAAAGUAGUAUGUUCAUCCAAGCCUCCCAUCUAUCUGCAGCAUCAAGGACACAGCCGGACUAUUAUUGGAAUUGAAGAGAGAAAGAACAGAACUCUCUGUUUGCUGAUAUUUGACCCAGGCUGCCCUUCUCGGGAAAUGCAGAAACUAUUAAAACAAGACAUUGAGAGCACCAGUCUCAAACAGCUCUGGAGAUUUGUGGGAAAUUUGAAGCAUAAGCAGUACCAGAUAGUAGCUGUAGAGGGUGUACUUUCUUCAGAAGAGAAAGCUGCUCGAAUGAAAGCUUCCCAAAUCUUUACAGCUGAGAGGAUUCCUUGAAGAACUAUACAGUUCCCAGAUGUCCUGUAUCAUUUCUUGAAUUCAGAAAUAACUCAUACAUGAAAUUUUCAAAUCUUUACAUUUACUAAGCAGUCAUCGGUUCAGAGGACUUGUACAGAUUUUUCUAACAUGUCUAAAUUAUGUUGUUGCUAGCUCUUCAUUAUUCAGUAGAUUUAAUAAACUCUCUUUGUUACGUUGAAAGAAAUUUUGUUUUCCUACCUCAUUAUUUUAAAAAAUUCCCUUGUUCAUGUUUCAGGAAAAAG